ACCCUGACAACCGGGCCUGGGCAGGUGUAGGGGGCGUGGUGUCCGGAGACGCUAGGGUUUCGGCCACGCCCCCGGGCGGUUCGGAAGGCUCUGGAGUCUGUGAGCCCCGCUGCUUGAGCCCGUGACUGUCCUCCCGAGGAGCGAGCCGGGGACUGGACAGCUUGGCCUCCUGCGGCUGGGACAGCCUGUGAGGAACGCGGAGCCUCCAGGACACGGGCGCCUCCCCUUAGCUGCCCGCCGCCCUGCCUGCGGCGCCACCUCUCGCGCGGGACGCGAGCCGGGACGCGAGCCAGGCCGCGAGCCAGGCCGAGCCGCUGCUCCUGCCUUCCAGCGUGCUUUUUGCAUCGUUUGACAUUUAGGUUCAGUUAAACUUUGGGACUUAUACGAAGAAGGAACAGUUUGGUUUUGUUGUUAGUUUUUUUGUUUGUUUGUUUGUUUCCAACAUGGCAGCCUCCAGCCGCGCACAAGUUUUAGAUCUGUACCGAGCGAUGAUGAGAGAGAGCAAGCAUUUCAGCGCCUACAAUUACAGAAUGUAUGCUGUCAGGAGAAUAAGAGAUGCCUUCCGAGAAAAUAAGAAUGUAAAAGACCCCGUAGAAAUUCAAGCCCUGGUGAAUAAAGCCAAAAGAGACCUUGAGAUAAUCCGCAGACAGGAUAUUGAAUCUUCAUCGUGGCAACCCCAAGGGAGUCAAAGUGGCACCAGCAUGUCUUAACCUUCACAGAGCUACACCAGAGCCAUGGUUCCUGGUGUUCCAUGAACUGUCUUUGAGCAAUGGUAAGUAUUAUAAACUCAUAGGCAAGACUCUCAGUGGAGUCAAGCAAGCAAGUUGUCUACCACUGUACUGUGUCCAUAAAGCAGCAGGGCCAUGUUGGAUAAAGAAGGUGAUAGUAAUGGUGGUGAUAAUAGUGUGUGUGUCUGGGGUACCUCUUAUGCCACUCUAUGCUGAAAGACCACUCUGAGAUCUAGGGAUGCAUUGUGUUAGUUUCUUACCACGAUAGCCUUAAGAGACAGACAUAGAAGAGAGAAAAGGUGUCUUUUUAGGAGAGAGGAACCCACACAUCCACACCAUUCUCACCUUUAAACAGCUCUCAGGAAGAGUCAUGCUUUAGGUGGCCUUGUCUUAACAGAAGGCCAACAUGCUCUGAAUAUGCGAGUUGUAAUGUGGAUAUGUCCUUUUCCUACAUGUUCAUGUAGAUUGUAUUGAAAAUAGCAGUUAUCCUCUGCAGCUUACACACAAUUUGAUUUCUACAGCCCAGGCUCCAAUGUCCUUUCUUUAAAAAAUACCUUCAAAAACAUGUGAAAACCGCAUUGUAAACAUGUUAAAGGACAGCCUCCUAUUUAAGAAGUGUUUGCCAGAGUGUCCCCAUGGAUCCGAGGUUGCAGCCCCAACUGUGCUUUUCCUGAAAAGCCAUGGCUAAAGUGGUCUUCACUGGGAAGCUCCUCAUGCCUCCCUACUCCACUUGUCCUUUCACAAACCAAAGCUGAGACCAGCUGUUAUGAAGCAUGGGGACAAAGGACAAUGUUGCAUCUUUUAGGGAGGGCAAAGGAGGGCUUCCCUCUUGCCUAUGCAGAUUUAUGUCUCUCUCUGCUAUCCUCCAUGUGGAGAUGAUGACCUCUGUUCUGGUGCAAGGCACACUCAUUUCCUGAGCACUUACUAGCCCAGGGAAUUUCUGUUGGGUCAGAUGCAUUUUACUUGUGUAACUAUGAAGUGUAGUUUCCUAGGUAACAUUCGAAAGGUAAAUUAUACAUCUCAUUCUCAAUCACCAUUUGAGUUCUUUUUGAUUUUGCUUUCCCUGAGCUGUAAUAGGAGUGAUGUAAAAGAAGACACAGGUUUGAGCAAGAUACACAUCAGUGGAAACACUUGUUCAGUAGCUCUCCUUCCUUGGUCAUUGUAUUUCAUCUCUUUUAAACAUAUUUACUUUAAGGUUUUUUGCUGAAGGCAAAGGAAUAAAUUAUCAUCUUUUCUCUUGCAACCCAGGACUUCACACAUUUGAGGCAUCUGCUCUACCACUAUUCUGCACUCCCCAGACCUAUUGCUUGAAGUUAAUUAGUUCCACAUUGGGCAUUUUUUAAAAUACCAGGCAUUGGGUCACAAGCUAAGUAAGGCUGUCAUUUCAAGAAUUAGUCGAUCACAAAUCAUAGACUAGCUCUAAAUCUCUCUAACAUGCCAUAACGAUCUUCAUUGUGUCAAGUUACAUUACUAUGGAAAUAAAUAUGCAUUUAAGUAUUUUCCUUUUCUCCAGUUAGACCUAGCCUAUGAAAAGUAAGGAAUUAGGCACUUAGUUCCUGAGAAACAGUAUUUUUUUUUUAAUAAAUCACAUGUAUCUAACAAUCUAAAUUGAGAAGCCGUGUCAAGGACAUUGAAGAGUUGCUUGCACAGACAUUGACCCCCAUAACAGCUAUGUCAGCACCCACUCACAGACUUUGACCCAGGAACCAGGAGAACUCUGAUCUGCCCUGAUGUAGGAUCCAGCCCUCCCACACAAAGAAGCUGCACCAUAGACUUCACACUCUUGAUAUUUUCUGAUACUAAAAAUAAAUGAGGAUGCUUGUUAAAUUCCCCCAAAAUAUCCUGUGAAUAGUGAACGCUGGGUUUGAGUGAAGACAGACUAUAUCACUGACUACCACCAUUACUGACUGUCCAGUACUCCUCAGUGGAACAUAUAUGAUGACAUUGUGUGCUGGUUAUGUACUGUGGGCUCCUCACCUUCAGCUGAAGCAAAGGCCUCAUGGAGAAAGACCUUUGACUCCAUUCUUUUGAGCGCUCCUGUCCUGGAGGUCAGAAGAGCCGCUCUAAUGACCGGAAUAGGGAGGAAGCAAAAGUAAAGUAUCUUCUUACUUUGAACGCGGUCUACGCAGCGUAAUGGGCUUGGUUUUUAUUUAAAUAAUCAUGAGCUGUAUCUGCACCUUGUAGCUGUCUGAGUGGCUGCCCACAUUUUUCCUAAUACUAAAGUACUUUUCUUCCUAGAUGGUCAGCCCAUUUUGGUUUUUCCAACAAGUUGAUGACUGUGCAUUAUUGCACCCCCACAAUUCAUGUCUAACACGUAGCCCUAGCAGCACAUGGGGCUUUCCCAGGAAGUCUUCUACGUUCAUUAGCCCUGGAGGAGGCCCCCAGUACGAUUUCUUUGCCUUUCUUUCAUGGUGAGAUUUUGAACUCCUCUGAACUAGCAAAGUUUCCAGAUGUGACUUCACACUCUAACAUUUACAGCAUGCUUUGCUGUGGUAUCCUUUGCUUAGUCAUCCUUACCCUUAUCCUGAACUUCAAGCUUCCAUGGAGACAGGGUUGUUUUCUUAUUCACAGUAUUGCUCUGUGUGCCCGUAGUUUUACUAAGUAUUUGACAAACACUUAAUAAAAGAGGAAUGUUCAAACCAGAA